AUGAUACACGUGCAGCUAAUAAUUCAAUCUUCUAAUACUGAUGUUGUUAUAUUUGCUAUUGGCUUUAGCAUGUCAAUUAUUCUCGACCAUCUGGUGGUUAAAUCUUUCAAUACAUACAAAAAAACCACAUAUAUUGAUGUUAAAUCUAUUGCAAGUGAACUUCGUAGUCGAUUCAUUGAUCAUUAUGUUUUACUGGUGCUGCACGCUCUGUCAGAAUGUGACAGCACCUCGUAUAUUCGAAAUAUAACGAAGAAAAAUUUUUUUCAAUGUUAUUUUGAUAAUCCAAUGAAUUAUUCAGCGAUUAUGAAAUUAAGUUCCAACCCUCCACCUCAAGAUGCUAUUGAUUCAGCUGAAGAACUUCUUAUUAAUCGUUACUCAUUCGAUUAUACAGUAAAGUCUCUUGACGAACUUCAUGCAAAGAUGGCUUCAAUAUGGGUAAAGGACCGCAAUCGAAAAAGUAUCUCAGGAAGUUUGCCAUCUUCUACGAUGGCAUUCCAUGAACAUUGUUUAAGAUCUUCUAGACGAGUUAAAAUAUGGUUCGACGCUUUGGAACCAUUUCCUAUAACACCAGCACUAUUUCGUAAUGGCUAUGAUCAUUCGAGUACUGCCAAUAAAUUUAAAAUUAAAUGGUCAGCAUUAAAUGAUCAUCCAAAUGACUAUCGACUUCAAACUUGUGGUGAAUGUAAAGGUGGUUGUACUGGUUGCAAGUGUUAUAAAAAUAAUUUAUCUUGUACAGUUUUUUGCAAAUGUCAUCAAGAUGUUUGUGGUAAUAGAAUUUCUUACAAUUCAUCAAUUCAAAAUAAUUCAUUUGAUGUAACAUCAAUACAAUCUCAAUCUAUCUACGAAUCUUCUGAAGGCGAACGUGUAUUUCAAUCACCAUAUGCGUGUUCCACUCCGAAGCUCAAUGGAAUGAGAAAUAAUCUUACAUCAUUGAAUUUUGUGAGUAUUUCUUAUAUCUUCACAUAA